UCACUGGGCCACUACUAGCCACAAGAACCGUACGGACUGACCCUUCCUUCCCUCAUACUCAUCCUCAUCCCGACCGUAAACUUCACAAUGAAGACAGCGUGCAUCGAAAUCUUGGUGUGGGUGUGGAUGUUGGUCUGCAAGGCGCGGUGCAGAACAGGCGAGACUUCAGGAGUUACAGUUACUAUCACCACAUCAGCAGCAUCACCAACAUCCCCAUUGACGUCGAAAUUUACCGACGGAUCUCUCUGAUAAUAUGCAGCCUCCACUGUGAUAUUCUACCCAAUUGCUGGAUGUUUCUGUAUCGCGCGGAGACAAAGGACUGCCGCGUCUUCCCAAACAACACCAUAACAAAAUUUAACAACCGCAAGGCCGGCGUGCAGUAUCGCCUGUACGCCCUACGCCACACACGCCGCGUCUUGUACUUCUUCACCAAGAUGUACUACAAUGAGUCUACCGUGACAUGCCAGGAGUACGGAGGUAUAGUGUACACGCCGCGCACCAAGGAUGACAUCAUGGUGCUUCACAACCACUCUAUACAUGGGUUCGUCGGUUUGAUGAAGUCAUCGUCGGGCAGCUGGGUGGACAGCGCAGGCCAACUCUAUGAGAAACCCGCGCUGUGGCAUGCCGAGUUAUAUCCUACUGGUAACGGGGACUGCGCCAAGGUGCGAGAUGGCUACCUGGUGGACUGUAGUUGCAGCGGGAGGUUAAGAAAAUUUGCUUGUGAUGUGCUGUAUGACAACUCUGCAGUGGAGGGAUCUUUACUGAACUAAAGGUUAUUGUAACUUCUCAUGUCAUGUCGGUGUAUACGCGUGUGUGUACUCUGUUACAGUUUACUAAUUUCUUCGCUCCUACUUUCCUUUGCAUAUCUUUUAUUAUGUUUUUUUUCUUUUUUUAUUCCAUAUGUAUUUGUUUUAUGUUGUUCUCUCUCUUUAUC